GACUACACGUGAUUGUGUGGUUGUUGUUGCUUGCUUGCAAAACCAGCGGUUGUUGCGUGGUGAGAUUUUUCCGGCAACCUUUUUUCUAUUUUAAUUAGAGAAAUUCAUUGGCAUUCAGUAUAAUGUGCAUAAGAUUUUAAAAUUCAAACGACAAAUCACAAAUAUUUUACACUACUUUUGGACAAGCCACAAUGGAAGCUGAAGACUAAGAACUCACAGCAGGGACGAUGCUUAAUUUUCAUUUUAUAAGAUAACCAUUGAAAUCGUAAUUAACACAAAAUUACACUACUGAUUGGCAUCCAUUUGAAGCAGCAACUGGAAGAUGCAUUUCCUGCGACGUAAACUACGAAGUCUACUGUCUCUGGGCAGUUGCAGUCUGCGACGAGAAGCAUCUGGAAGUGGGACUGGAGCUGGAAGUGCAAGUGGAACUGGAAUGGGAGCUGGAGCUCUGACGAUGCACAAGUUGCGUGAAUGGCAUGGGAGCGCCUUUAGCAACAAGUUUCUGCUGUUCACCAACGUGGGCAUCUCAUUGACGCUCAGCUCCGUGGGUGACAUCCUGGAACAGCAACUGGAGCUGUACAAUGGCGAAAUUGAGGAAUAUAGCAGCACAAGGACCAGUCAUAUGGCAACCAGCGGUGUCACAGUGGGCAUCAUUUGCCACUACUGGUAUCAGUUGCUGGACAAACAUCUGCCAGGUCGCAGUAUGCGUGUGGUGGCCAAAAAGAUUGUGCUCGAUCAAAUCAUUUGUUCGCCGCUCUACAUAUCGGCAUUCUUCAUCACGCUGGGCAUACUCGAGGAGAAGGACGCCCACGAGGUGUGGGAGGAGAUCAAGGAGAAGGCUUGGAAGCUCUAUGCGGCGGAAUGGACGGUCUGGCCGGUUGCACAGUUCAUCAACUUCUAUUGGGUGCCCACACACUAUCGCAUCUUCUACGACAAUGUGAUCAGUCUGGGCUACGAUGUCUUCACCUCAAAGGUGAAGCAUUCAUCGUCUCAUCUGCCACUUUCCGCUGCUGCUGCCACUUUGACGUCUUCCAAGAACUUGAAAACAACUCAGACCUAAUUUAUUUAUGUUCUCCUUUUUAUAACUAUACGUGCAUAUAUAUUUAUUUUUGUAUAAAUAUUGUAAAUACUCUGUGUAAAUAUUAAUUGCAAUUUGCAAAACGAGCUGCCAA